CUUUCGAAGGGUUUGUCUAGACAGGGAAGAGAGUAGAGAACUGAGAAGGGAGAAUGUCGCAGGGACCGGACGGAGAGAAGAAGCCUACCCCCACCGCCGAUCAAGCGGCUCACAUCAACCUUAAAGUCAAAGGACAGGAUGGCAAUGAGGUCUUCUUCAGGAUAAAAAGAAGCACUCAACUGAAGAAGCUAAUGAAUGCAUACUGUGACCGACAGUCUGUUGACAUGAAUGCAAUAGCUUUCCUGUUUGACGGGCGCCGACUUAGGCAGGAGCAGACUCCAGAUGAGCUGGAGAUGGAAGAUGGUGAUGAGAUUGAUGCAAUGCUUCAUCAAACUGGGGGAACCUCCAAGCAACAUUUUACUUCUUGAUGAAGAUUACUUUGUGCCACCAUUUGAAGUUUAGCUUAUUGCAAUUACGCUUAGUAAAUUGCCUAGGAUCAUGGGGUUGCUGUUUUAGUUUUCAUGAAACAGAAUAUGGUUUGAAGUCUCAAGUUGUAUGAGCUUCUUUUUUCAACUUAAAAUGCCAAUGUUUCUCUGAAUUAAUGUAGCAAGACCCAAGCUUAUGUUUUGUCAUCUUCCUGUUUAAUACUCCACUUUAAAUUUGAACUCAUAUACUUCAAGUGAAUGUAUAGUUGUUCUAUGUUAAGUGUCUUGCUUUACCAGGUAAUAU